AUGAGUAGUGACCCUGUUCCAUCUUCCUUUGAAGGCAACCCUCAGUUUGAGGAGGAAACUUCUUUGCAGAAGUUUCGUAGACGUCUCAAGGAGGAGCCAUUGAUUCCGCUCGGAUGCGCAGCUACCAGUUAUGCUCUCUACCGUGCCUACCGAUCGAUGAAGGCCGGUGACUCGGUCGAAAUGAACCGGAUGUUCCGCGCCCGUAUCUAUGCCCAGUUCUUCACUCUUAUCGCCGUCGUUGUCGGAGGCAUGUACUUCAAGACGGAGCGACAGCAGCGCAAGGAAUUCGAGCGGAUGGUGGAAGAGCGCAAGAGCCAGGAGAAGCGGGAUGCCUGGCUGCGUGAGCUGGAGAUCCGUGACAAGGAAGAUAAGGACUGGCGGCAACGUCAUGCUGCUAUGGAGGCAGCGGCCGCGGAGGCAGGAAAGAAGACUGCUCCUCAUGAUGCUGCUCGCUCCGCUAUCGAGCGUUCCGAGGAGAAGUCCAUUGGUGUGUUAGAUGCAGUGAAGGAGUUGUUGUCGAGGAGGAACUAG